AGACGACUCGGGGAGAUCGGCGCGAGAUGAGAGCGGGAUCGGGACGAUCCGAAACGUAAGAGAGACACGGAACAGAUUCGGGCGGAGCGGAAUCUUCCUCGCACGGUCCGCUCCGCAAGAGAGAGGGAUGGCCGGCGACGACGGAACAACGACGAACAAUGAGAUUCUCGACGCGGGGGUGGGAGAGGAGGGGCAGGAUACGUCAGCGCGAGGGGAACUACAUUCCAGAGUGGGCGGCAUUCUGGAAUGCGAUCCCCCCGGUAACAGGAAUUCGUCGAACGAGCGAGCCGCCGCUGCCGCCACCACCACCAUCACCACCACCACCACCACCACCAACACCGCUACCGCCGCCGACGACGACGAGGACGGUGUCUGCCGAUAUGCGGUCGGCGCUGCUAACCGUGCUAUGUCUUUCUUCGAGAUGUGCCAGAUUCGACUCCAGCAUCUCUUUCCGCAAUUGGGCCCGCCACCGCGUUACAACAUCCAAGACGAUUCCAUCGAAUCGACCGCGGAGAGCCUGGCCUAUGACGUAAUGCGGUACUUGUUAAAAGAGGAUAUCUACCUUGUAUCCCAAGAUCCGGUGUCCCGUACCAUGAGGCACAAUGUGUAUCAAAUGCUCAACAAGCACAGCAUUCUGUUUACGAGUAUGGUGAACCGUUUAAAUGUCGUUCCGGACACCGCGUACGAAACAUUCAUGGGAGUCGCCAACGAGCUGUUCUUGCACGACGUUAUCACAUGGGCUAGGAUCAUUUGCUUGUAUGCUUUCAUGGGCAGGUUGGCCUUGUGGGCCAGGGACAGAAGAAUGCACAACCUUAAGAACAAAUUGCCGUUGUACGUUUCCAGAUACGUCGGUGAAAACAUAACACACUUUGUCAAAGGCUACGGUGGAUGGGAAUACUUGUGCGUGGAGUAUCCCGUGGUCGAAGAAAUUAGCAGUGCAGUUUGGAGGAAUCUACUAAUGACGGGGGUCACUCUUGGCUUGAUCGCUACAAUCCUGUCGGUGACUUCCUGAUGGGGCCUCGCGGGAUCGUGCGGUUUGAGUACGAUUCGUCCGAGGAAUCUUCGCGUACUUAUGUUUUACGAGGACACCUUCGAGUGGAAUGCGAACCGAUUUCUAUAAUGUACGCACAAUAUUAUACGAUAUUUCGCACACGGACAUCGGGUGUCGUCGGUUUGAUUCAAGCGGAGUGCUUGCUACGUCUAUUUGAGAAACACGCAAGAUUAACAAAAGAUACUUCAACGCGUUGACACACAUAAUUUUCAUAUCAAUGUCAAUCUCGGCUAGAAUUGUCCUACUUUUUAUAUAACUACAGCCAACAUACAUUAGCAUGAGCGACAGACAAUGACGCUAGUUUCCUAUUACUAUACCUUGUAACGAACUAGUGAAAUUAGUAAACAGAAUAUCUAAUUUAAUUCCACAACACAUAGAUUCAGAAUUUUCAAGUACACAGUUUUAACAUAUAUAAUACUCGCGAAAUUAAACAUCUCUUGAAAUUCAUGUGAACAGGAAUCUCGAAAUUUUAUAUUGAAUUUAGGUAGACACAAGCUAUUUAUUUAUAAUUUAUUCUAGGUAGAGAAUAUAUUAAAUAAUAAAUUUUCCCCCAUUUUUAUAUUUGGUCAGAACUGAUCAUAUCCGCACAAUUUUAUAGAUAUACAAACUUUAAAAUACAUAUGUAACACUGAUAAAAACAGCUACAAACUGUAUCACGAUAUAUCCAAAUAAUGGCUACUUUCUUAUAUGUUGGUAUACCCUAUUAUACUUGCAAAAAUUUUAUAUGCAUAUUCAGAAUAAAUACUUUUAUAAAAUAACGAUAUUUUCCUGUGAUCAUUCUUGAAAGAAGAGAAAGAGUAAAACAGAACACUCAAAAGAACACUUGCUACGAAGGAUACUAGUUUUAAUUAGACAAUCCUUGCAAUCGAUUGCACAGCAAAUCAGAAAAUUUAAAGGAGUUUUUUAUCUUCUGAUUCCAUUAAUACUUUAGGAUACAUAUACAUAUAUACGUAUAUUAUUCGUUUGUUAUAAAAUUUAGUGAUUUCUCGUACAAUGCUAUAUAUUACUAUCGGAUGGAAAUUUACAGGGUAGAGCACAAAUUGCUGUUAUGAAAAAUUUAAACGUACUUUUACGAAGAGAUUACGCUAUUAAACAGAUAAAAACCAUCCAGCGAUGCAGAAGAAAGACUUGUUGAUGUGAUGUAUAUUUGUUUUCUUCAAAGGCAUUGAGUAGUCAAGUAUCGUGAAGCAUUUUUAAUGUAUCUUUAUAAAUUAUAAGCGAUAAGUUUUAAUAUACUGUUGCAUUAUGUCAUACGUUAAAGGGGAACAGUCUCCCUCUCUCCUCUUAAUCAUUAUGAAAUAAACUGUAAACGCGACAUAUUUCUGAUGUGUAUAUGUUUGCAAAUAAUCAAAAAUAAUAACUUCAUAUGAAAUAAC